AUGAAGCUCUCCAUCCUCGCCUCCCUCUUCCUCGCCGGCUCUGCCAUCGCCGCUGGCACCACUGUUGAGAAGCGUGGUUCCCCGACCAUCGACGACAACCAGCCCUGCCAGUCCGACAGCAAGACUGACUACUGCAAGAGCGGUCUCUGCAUCCAAGAGCCCAACCAGCCCUCGGGCACCUGCCGCCCUAAGGGCCAGCAGAACUAA